UCCUGUCUUGCACGGCUGUUUCCGUCUCGGUGUUGGUGGAGCUGAACCGGCCCGGGAGUUCGGAGUUUCCGUGGCCCGGGACCCGCGAAAGUACGGACUUAGCCCCGUCCGGAACCAAGCCCCAGCGAAACCCCAGGCCCGGUCUUGAGCGUGGUCGGAGCCCGCCCGGCCUCGGGGUUUUCCGUGUCCGGGCGGCGUCCCCGUACAAACUCAUCUCCUACUUCUUGUGCCCGGGCCGGAGGCCUCCGACGUCUGCACGAAACAGGACGGGAUGGCCGCCGGGUUCCGGACAGCUUCGUGUUGGGGGUUAUUGUCAUUCAAGGAUAUAUCUAUGGAGUUCACCUGGGAUGAGUGGCAGUUACUGGAUUCUGCGCAGAAGUACCUGUACAGGGAUGUGAUACUGGAGAACUAUAGCCACCUGGUGUCUGUGGGGUAUCAUGGUACCAAACCUGAUUUAAUCUUCAAGUUGGAGCAAGGAGAGGAGCCAUGGAUAAUAAGUGCCAAAGUUUCCCGUCAGAGCUAUCCAGAAGAUUGGAAAGAAUGGUACCAGAAAAAUCAAGAUGAGCUUGAAAAUGUUGAGAAAAGCUAUGCUUUUAGUGCGUUUGGAAAACUUCAUCUGAGCAGAACCCAACUUUCUUCAAGACAAAGAAUCCAUAAGUAUAACACACAUGGAAGAAGCUUGACACAAAACUCAGGUUCGACCAGAAACUGUCUGAGAAAAAAUCCUGAUAAGUUUCAUGGAUAUGAAGAAUCAUAUUUUCUUAAGCAUCAAAGAGCUCAUAGUAUAGAAAAAAACUGUGUGUGUAAUGAAUGUGGGAAAGCUUUUCGUUGUAAAUCACAGCUGAUCGUCCAUCUGAGAAUUCAUACGGGAGAGAGGCCUUACGAAUGCACUAAAUGUGAAAGGGCGUUCAGUGCCAAGUCAAAUCUUAAUGCUCACCAGAGAGUCCACACGGGAGAGAAGCCCUACUCCUGCGGCGAGUGUGGGAAAGUUUUCUCUUUCAGGUCACAGCUCAUUGUCCAUCAGGAAAUUCACACGGGGGGGAAACCAUACGGUUGCAGUGAUUGUGGGAAAGCCUACAGCUGGAAAUCACAGCUCAUUUUACACCAGAGAAGCCACACGGGAGUGAAACCUUAUGAGUGUGGUGAGUGUGGGAAAGCCUUUAGUUUGAAGUCCCCGUUCGUUGUACACCAGAGGACUCACACGGGAGUGAAGCCCCAUAAAUGCAGUGAAUGUGGGAAAGCCUUUAGGAGCAAGUCCUACCUCCUGGUUCACAUCAGAAUGCACACAGGCGAGAAACCUUAUCAGUGCAGUGAUUGUGGGAAAGCCUUCAAUAUGAAGACACAACUUGUUGUUCACCAGGGAAUCCACACAGGAAAUAAUCCUUAUCAGUGCAGUGAAUGCGGGAAAGCCUUUGGUAGGAAGGAACAACUCACUGCGCAUCUGAGAGCGCAUGCAGGGGAGAAGCCCUACGGGUGCAGCGAGUGUGGGAAGGCUUUCAGCAGUAAAUCCUACCUCGUUAUACAUAGGAGAACACACACAGGAGAGAGACCCUAUGAAUGUAGUUUCUGUGAGAGAGCCUUUUGUGGGAAAUCACAGCUAAUUAUACACCAGAGGACUCACUCAACAGAGAAGCCCUACGAAUGCAGCGAAUGUGAGAAAGCCUAUCCUAGGAAGGCUUCACUUCAGAUACACCAGAAAACUCACUCAGGAGAGAAACCUUUUAAAUGUAGUGAAUGUGGGAAGGCCUUCACCCAGAAGUACUCAUUUGUUACACAUCACAGGACUCACACAGGAGAGAAACCUUACAAUUGUAGCCAGUGUGGGAAAGCCUUCUCCCAAAAGUCACAGCUCACAUCCCAUCAGAGGACACACACAGGAGAGAAACCCUAUGAAUGUGGUGAAUGUGGGAAAGCCUUCUCCCGGAAGUCCCAUCUUAUAUCACACUGGAGGACACACACAGGUGAGAAACCUUAUGGGUGCAACGAAUGCGGAAGGGCCUUUAGUGAGAAGUCAAAUCUUAUUAAUCAUCAGAGAAUUCAUACAGGAGAGAAACCUUUUGAAUGCAGAGAAUGUGGGAAAGCCUUCAGCAGGAAAUCACAACUCGUUACGCAUCACAGGACUCACACAGGAACAAAACCGUAUGGGUGCAAUGAUUGUAGAAAAGCCUUCUUUGAGAAAUCAGAGCUCAUUAGACAUCAGACAAUUCAUACUGGAGAGAAGCCCUAUGAAUGCAGUUUAUGUCAGAAGGCAUUCAGAGAGAGGUCAAGUCUCAUUAACCAUCAGAGGACUCAUACAGGAGAGAAGCCCUAUGAAUGCACUGAAUGUGGGAAAGCUUUUGGUGAGAAGUCCAGUCUUGCAACUCACCAGAGAACUCAUACAGGAGAGAAACCAUUUGGGUGCAGGGAUUGUGAAAAAGCCUUCUCCCAGAAGUCACAGCUCAAUACUCACCAGAGAAUCCACACAGGAGAGAAACCAUACGAAUGCAGUCUUUGCAGGAAAGCGUUCUUUGAGAAAUCGGAGCUAAUUAGACAUCAGAGAACUCACACAGGAGAAAAACCUUAUGAAUGCAGCGAAUGUGGUAAAGCCUUCAGGGAGAAGUCAAGUCUCAUCAAUCAUCAGAGAACACAUACAGGAGAGAAACCCUUUGAAUGCAACGAAUGUGGAAAGGCCUUCUCUCGGAAGUCACACCUCAUACCACAUCAGAGAACACACACUGGGGAGAAGCCCUAUGGAUGCAGUGAAUGUAGGAAGGCCUUCUCUCAGAAGUCACAGCUUGUUAAUCACCAGAGAAUUCAUACAGGAGAGAAACCUUACCAAUGCCAUGAAUGUGGGAAAGCUUUCUCCCAGAAAUCACAGCUCAUUAAUCACCAGAGAACUCAUACAGUAAAGAAAUCGUAGAAGUAGAGUUACUAUUAGUCUUUGUACUUCAGAAAAUGCAGUUAUGGUAAGCCUUUCAAAUAAAUAGUCACAUCACAUUAUAGGUCUGAGUAAUCUUUUAGGGUAGGAACUCUAAAUGAGGUUAUGUAGGGAAAGCUUUCAGCCGAUUAACAUGCUUAUAUAAGAACUCAUGGAGUAGAAUGAGCCUAUGAGAUUCAGUGGGUUUUAAAAGCUUGGCAAACAUACACUAGGAAAUUAACAACAAAGACGAAUUCUGCGAACAUCAGAAAGCCUUGCAGAGGCCAUAUCUCAUCAGGUAUUGGAAAUAUGCCCACUAGGGUAAACCCUGGUCCAGCAAAUAAAAAAUCCCAUGAAUGCAGCAAGUGAGGUAAUAUUUUCAUCAAGAACUCACAGCUUAUUGUGCAUUAAGAAAAUACCCUGAGGAAUGAAGCUCUGUGAAAAUAAUAAUUAUGGGACAGUCUUCAGCAGGUAAUCCAACCAUAUUGUUUUGGAGGGGAAUUAUAUUGUGGGUAAAAACUAAUGAUUGAAAGAAAUGGGAAACGUGCCCCUAGAAAUAAGGCUGUAAAGGGAAGCCAUACAUUUUUUUAUAGACAUGGUUAUUAAAAAUACCCAUGCUAAUGAUUGAGUUGUUCACUCUAAAAUAUGAAGUUUUAAAAAUAUGUGAAUAAAUUGAGUCAUUGAAACAUCUAAAUAAGACAUUUCUCAGUGGUAUUUAUGGUUUACUUUCCUGUGUCACACAGUGUGUCUCAUAUUUUGGAAUCACAUAUGAUGAUGUAAUUGUGAGCAUGAAAUGCACAUAUGUAGUUGUGCUUCUGAUGUCAAGACAUAAUCACAUGCCGCUGGUUUUUCUGUUUUAGUGAUACGAUUAAAAUGGUAAUUGGUAUAACA